GAAGGAAGUGAUGCAAGAGUCGAAAAUGGAUACCAUACUAGCUAGUGGGUAGCGGUAGCCGGGAAAUAAAAGGGGUGUUAGAGUAGGGAGGUAUAUAUGUAGCUGGGAACGCAUUGCUUUGGUCACGAUACCUCGCGGCACGAUGAAGCCUCAAACCAAGAUAGUUUCUUGAGCCUGGCAAGAACGUUGCUGUUGACCAUUGGCACGAGCCGCCGUACCGUUGCAGUACACGUACUCCGCACCUCCCGCUCUCAUAUUUCAAAGAAACAAAGAUACCAUUUUAGAAAACACAAUGAUUCUCAAAGUACGACCUAGACCCGAGAUGACCAGAGGGAAAGGAACAAAGCUGUCUGGAGCUUCGACCGAGGAAAAGAGUCAAAAAACGCUCACGAUGCGGUGUUCAAACCGCAAGUCUCCAGCACGCAAGCAUAGCGGACAAACCAAGGCCAGUGAAGAAAAGGGUCGCUCUUCGGCUUAUCAAAAGAGAAAGCAAGCCAUUCAAGCAAGUAUCCUAAAGGCCCGAGCGGAGAAUGCAAGGGUCUCCAAAGAUGAAAGUCUCAAACAAACGACCCCAAGCGUGCAACAAUCCAGGAAGCCCAGCCCUCAUAGAGACUCCCCUCAAACAGACUCUCCUAAUCAAACCAGGAAGCCUGCCAUUCAAGGGAGCAUCAGGAAUGCCCAAAAGGACAGUGCAAGAGAUGCCAAAGACGAUAGGCUCAAACAGACAACACCUAGCGUGCAACAAUCCAGGAACCCUAGCCCGCAAAGAGACUCUCCUCCCAGCAACAAACGCAGCAUGAUGUUACGAACUAGUCAACAAAGCCCCAAGACACGUUCCAAGUCUACUAGAAGAGGAAGCUUCAGCAGCAGUGUGAGUGUAUUGGGACCAACGCUCAAGGCCAUGAACAUCAAGAAGCGAAAGUUCCCCAAAAACGUACCACGAACCAAUCGUGGUUUGAUGGGAAGGCGCAAGGUAACGACGACGGAUGCACUAGCCAACACGGACAUGAUGAACAUUCUCGGUAGUGACGGACUGGUCAGCACUGAUUUCAUAUUGGAUCGUUUGGAUGAAGUGCAGCGGCACCCAGGCAUUGUCAAAUUGGAACUGGAAGACUUUUUAGGACGAUCCAGAGACGCCCGGAUCAUUGCCGUGGCCUUGCGACACCUCAUGCUGUGCGAUGACCGACCAUGGGAGAGCGUUCGGUUUGUGGACGAUAUGCGUGCUUCCAAUGUUGCCACACUCAAACAGUGGCAAGUGCAAAAGAAGCUCUUCCUCAGAAACUUGGGAACUGUGUUUCAGGAGAGACUCGUUCCUGUACAGUACCAGACCAAGGUCUCACUCCCUGAUACCUUGGGUAAAGUGGACAGUGUGGCACUGUUGAAGUUCAUGCAAAAGGAAAAAUCCAUUACAACACUAACCUUUUCUGCCAAGGAAUCUGACCCUGUGGUGUUGCAAGCACUUGUGGACUUGUUUCAAUGUGACAAUCGUGCCUGGCAAGAUGUUACCCUCAACCUGUCGGGCAAGUUCUAUUGGUAGAGCACGCCUGUGAUGAUCCAAUUAGAAAUAGAAAAGAAACCAGGUUGCACUGCGUUAUCGACAUUGUAUUCGUGAGCUUGUGUAUGUGUGCUUUCAAGUACUACAUGUAUUGGUAAUUGGAUUGCAAUAUUGGAUCCCUAGAC